AGUAUUCAUAGAGGGCGCUGUUGCUGCACUACACAAUUUUGCGUAUGCAUUUUCUCCCCUUUGCAUGAGUCAAUGAUCUGCGGUAUCCUAUUGUCAUGCUAGUGGCUCGCUGUUAUUCCUCGUGUUGACAGCGUUUGAUCCGGUCUCCAUUAGACAGAAGUGCAUUGAUUAAACGCGCACCAUGGACUUCUCUAUCCGCGCCGCCAACCUCGAGGACUGCAAAGACAUUGCGCGCAUGAUCAUGGAACUGGCCGAAUAUGAGAAGGUGUCAGAGCACGUGAAAGUGACUCAGAAAGACUUGGAACAAGAUGGCUUCUCUAAGAACCCCUUCUUCCACGGAAUCGUGGCAGAGGUUCCGGAGGCGCAGCGAACCAAAGACGGGCAUGUGAAGAUCGGCUACGCGCUCUACUUCCUCAGCUACAGCUCCUGGAAGGGGCGCUGUGUGUACAUGGAGGACCUCUACGUCAUGCCUGAGUUCAGAGGCAAAGGAAUUGGGAAGGCGCUGAUGAGCAAGGUGGCCCAGCUGGGCAUGGCGGCCGGCUGCACUCAGCUGAACUUCACGGUGCUCGACUGGAACAAGGCGUCGCUGGACUUCUACGCGGCGCAGGGCUGCAGCGACGUGACGGCCGCGCUGGGCUACCAUGUCAUGCGCUGCGAGGGGGAGGAGCUAGAGCGGCUGGCCCAGCCCUAGCGCCGCCCGUUACCGUGGUGACGGCCCCCAUCCUCCCCAGCACCCCCCCCCCUCCCAUCCCCCCCCGCCCCUCCCUCCCUGACCCACGAAAACUGUGCAGCCACUCAGGGUAACGUCUCCGUGACAACCACAGCGGGUUGAUUCGCUUCAAUAGAAAGAUAUCCAAUGAUAAAACACAAAGCAUCAAUAGCAGAGUACCUCUCAUGGAUUAGGUUGUAGAGGAGACUCAGUUUGGGGUUGGUGUGAGGCUUCAGAGAGCUGGAAGGGGUGCAGUACAGUAUGAACCGAUGGGAACGAGGUACUGACAUGUGUUCAUGGGUGUUGCUCUCCUGGCCCGACCGACCCAACCUUCUGUUGAUGUUUUGAAACCAAAGAACGGCAUUAAUGAUCAACGCACAACGUGUGUAACACACAACGUGUAACGCACAAUGUGUGUAACGCACUGUAUGGGGAAGCACAAUGAGGUCUGCACUGGAGUCGAUGAAUAAAGAAGGAAAUGUGGUCUUUUGAUUCGCGUUUACGCGUAAA